CGAUGGAGACCCCUAUAGGACCACGCCCCUUUCUGUUGUGCGACCCGGAUUAGAAGCCUCGCUACGCUCGGCAAAAAUGACGACUGUAGCACAUGAUGUGAUCCCAUUUUCCAACUGUUGAGGCUCUGAACGAGAUUCUCGCCGUCUAAUGCAAUACAUGUCGUAGCGCGCUUUACGACAAUUUCCAAUCAUGGGUAAUGAGCAGGGAAAGGUUAGCGGAAGCGUGCCAGCCGGCAUGCAAGCUAUAGGACAGCGUUUACAACGCCGGUUCGCAAGAGGUGUUCAAUACAACAUGAAAAUUGUUAUCAAAGGCGACAGAAAUACCGGCAAAUCAUGUCUGCUUAGAAGGCUGCAAGGUGGUACAUUCAAAGAAGAAUAUCUACCUAGCAAAGAGAUACAGGUGGCGAAUAUUCAAUGGAAUUACAGAGCUACUGAUGACAUUGUGAAGGUUGACGUCUGGGAUGUAGUUGAUAAAGUGAUGGACAACCUCUUUCUGAUUUCUUUCGUGACUCUACCGCGUCGUUUUGAGUAAUGAUUUAACAUUGAGACUUGACAGACGUCAAAUGCGGGUAGAAACGUGUGUACGUAAUCUAUGAUGCGUGUUCUGUGUGGUACGCACUUACCAAAUGGUUUGAUUUGUACCUCUUGAAUACUUUCUAGAAAGUGUGGCGUCUAAGGAAUGAAAGGACCCUAGGUAGCAAGUAGAUAAAGUUCUGUUAAUUAAUACAAUUAAUCAAUGUUGUAAUAAUAUAAUUGAGUAUUACUAUUAAAAAUGGUGUACACAAUGAAAAUGAAAUUGAACAGCAAGUGGUAGUGUAUCCUGGAGCAUUACACACAAGAGUACA